AUGGCUCUGCUGCACCUGCCGACCUCUGCCGUGUGUUCGGCAAACACCACGUGCCUGCCGCUUGGAGACGAAGAAGCCAACUCGAGCAUCGCGCACGUCUUCUCCGACGGCAACUGGACGGCGUCUCCACGUGCCGAGGCCGCUCCUCAGCUGACACGAGCCGCGCUCGUGCGUGCGCUGGUGCUGGUGCUGAUCGCCGGAGUGUCCCUGUUCGGCAACUCGGCCACUUUGCUUUCGAUUUGGGCCAUGGGCCGGGCUCGUCGCUCCUCGCUGUACCUGCUGCUGGCGCACCUCUCCGUCGCCGACCUCAUGGUGACCGCGUGGUGCGUGGUCGCCGAAGCGGCCUGGACGGUCACAGUGCAGUGGUUGGGCGGUGAGCCCCUGUGCAAGCUCUUCAAGUACAUGCAAAUGUUCUCGCUCUACCUGUCCACCUUCAUCCUGGUUGUGAUAGGCUACGACCAGUUGCUGGCGCUUCGGUACCCCAUGGAGCGUGCUCGAAACCGCAUUCGUUCCAAGAGGCUAACUCUGGCCGCGUGGGUGCUCAGCGCGCUGCUAAGUCUUCCGCAGGUGAGCGCCUCUAUUUCCUCCGCUACCUCCUAG